AUCAACAUCAUCUACAGUUUGCGCGAUCACAUCCGGCGAGCACAAAGCAAAAUGAACCGCUUUCUGGUUAUUGUCGCAACGGCUCUAUCCUGCAUCGGGGCGGCUGAUGUAGAGCUGAUUUCGGGUGCUCCAGUGGCUCCCGUCGCUCCUCUAGCACCAACGGUUCCAGUGGCUCCCGUCGCGUCCCUAGCCCCGACCUACGUAACUUCACGCAGCUCUCAAUACUUUGCUCGCAACUACAACGCUCUGGCGGCACCUUUGAUCACUCCAGUUGCUCCAGUCGUUGCUCGGGCGCCGGUUUCUAUAUCGCAGGUAACUAGAUUUGUGCAGGGCGCUCCGGUCGCGCCAGUGGCUCCCGUAAGUCCGGCCGCAAUUCCGAAUCCGGACGAUACGAUUGAAAUCGAAGCAGCGAGGGUAAGGAGUAUUUCAAGAGACACGGAAAAACUCCAGAGGGAACGACCGUUGACUCAAAAUGUCGCUCCCAGAUCCCAGCCUCAACUAACUAAGGCGGCCGUUAAGAAUCAGCCCUUGGUAGCUGCUCCGGUGGCGCCCCUGAGGGUUUCCUACGUCGCUUCGCCUUUCGUCGGAGUACCGUACUAUUUGUAAUCGAGGAAUUUUGUGGCCCAUGUAAAUAGACUUUUUAAAUAAAUAAAUAAAAACGCUUUUAUUUUUCAUUCGGCGAA